AUGACCUCGAACUCUAACUCAAGCUUUGAUGAGCUCGAGUGGGUGAUACAAAUACGUAGAACUCUAGAUGAAGAGCUUGAAGACAAUAGUGAAGUCCCUGUGUGCAUCUUCAAUGUACCCAAAACCCUAAUGGCUACUAAGCCGGAUUGCUAUGUUCCACAAGAAGUUGCACUGGGGCCUUAUCAUCGUUGGCGGCCGGAGCUCUACGAGAUGGAGAGGUAUAAGCUUGCAGCAGCGAAAAGAAUUCAAAAGAAUCUCCAGAGCCUAAAGUUUCAUAGCCUUGUUGAUCAGUUGACCAAGCAUGAGCCAAGGAUUCGAGCUUGCUACCACAAGUUCUUGGAGUUCAAUGGUGAAACCUUAGCAUGGAUGAUGGCUAUUGAUGCCUCUUUCUUACUUGAGUUCCUUCAAGUCUAUGCCAUGAAGGAAGGUCGGAUGCUGACAAGAGUUUCCUCCAGGAUGUCACACCUAGUUGAUUAUGCGGGGACCAAAUCAGCUCAUAAUGCUAUUCUUAGAGACAUGGUGAUGCUUGAGAAUCAAAUUCCAUUGCUUGUAUUGAGGCAGGUGUUGGAAUUUCAGUUCUCAUCUCUAGAUCAAGCUGAUGAUAUGUUGUGUUCAAUGUUAACCGGGUUCGGCGAAGAUCUUUGUCCUUUUGGGAUGAUGGAGAACUUGCCAAAGAUCCAGGUUGAGAAGUAUGCCCACCUGCUGGAUUUUCUGUACCAUCUCAUCGUGCCGAGAUCAAAAGAACCAUCUGAAAUAAUUGAAGUCGAAAACGAAAAUGAAUCGAAGGAAGGCAAAGAAGAAUCUUUUGGAGACUCCAGUUAUGUACAACAACUAUUUGAAGAAAUUUGGAAGCUGCUCUCAAAAAUGAAUCGUGGCCCGGUACGUAUUCUCAAGAGAAUUAUAUUUUCCAAGCCUGUAAAAGUCAUAUUGAAAUUGCCUUGGACAAUCGUCUCUAAUCUCCCCGGGUUUGCUAUCUUGAAACAACCUGUUGAAUACUUCUUCUUUUCCCAAGACAAAGAAGAAAACAAGCCAGAAAAUGGGAACUCCAAGUCCAAUAGUAGCAUUGUCAAACCUCCACUGAUAGAGGAAAUCACCAUCCCUUCAGUCUCCGAGCUCUCCAAAUCUGGUGUGCGUUUCUUACCUACUAAUGGUGGCAUCUCGUCCAUCACUUUUGAUGCUAAGAUGGUCACCCUUUACCUCCCCACUGUUAGUUUAGAUGUAAACACAGAGGUCACUUUGAGAAACUUGGUUGCAUAUGAAUCAUCAAACGCAUCAGGGCCAUUGGUUAUUACUCGGUACACCGAACUAAUGAAUGGGAUUAUUGAUACCAAGGAGGAUGCCAAGUUUCUAAGAGAAAGGGGUAUUGUUUUGAACCGAUUGAAGAGUGAUGAAGAGGUGGCCAACCUGUGGAAUGGGAUGAGCAGGUCCAUAAGGUUGACAAAGGUGCCUUUCUUAGAUAAGGUGAUUGAAGAUGUAAACAAGUAUCACAGUGGCAGAUGGAAGGUUAAAGCUGGAAAGUUUAUGAAGCGCUAUGUGUUUGGUUCAUGGCAGUUCCUGACAUUUCUAGCUGCCAUUUUGAUCGUGUUGUUAAUGACACUGCAAGCAUUUUGUUCAGUUUAUAGCUGUCCUCGAAUAUUUAAUGUCGCCAGUGAUUGA